CUACCUUUUGGUGGCGGGAAAAGUUCGGAAGCUUUCGCGGCUAGGCGGGGUUAUCGACGGGCCCUGAGUGUCGCACUGGAGGCAGUUCCACCGCGGCGAACAUGGCCGGGACGGUGGUGUUGGACGAUGUGGAGCUGCGGGAGGCGCAGAGAGAUUACCUGGACUUCUUGGAUGACGAGGAAGACCAGGGGAUUUAUCAGAGCAAAGUUCGGGAGCUGAUCAGUGACAACCAGUACCGAUUGAUUGUCAACGUGAAUGACCUACGUAGGAAAAAUGAGAAGAGGGCUAAUCGUCUCCUGAACAGUGCCUUUGAGGAGCUGGUUGCCUUCCAGCGGGCCUUAAAGGAUUUUGUGGCCUCCAUUGAUGCUACCUAUGCCAAGCAGUAUGAGGAGUUCUACAUAGGACUGGAGGGCAGCUUUGGCUCCAAGCACGUCUCUCCCCGGACCCUCACCUCCUGCUUCCUCAGCUGUGUAGUCUGUGUGGAGGGCAUUGUCACUAAAUGUUCUCUAGUUCGUCCCAAAGUCGUCCGCAGUGUCCACUACUGUCCUGCUACCAAGAAGACCCUAGAACGACGUUAUUCUGAUCUCACCACCCUGGUAGCCUUUCCGUCCAGCUCCGUCUAUCCUACCAAGGAUGAGGAAAACAAUCCCCUUGAAACAGAAUAUGGCCUCUCUGUCUACAAGGACCACCAGAUAGUCACCAUUCAGGAAAUGCCGGAGAAGGCCCCAGCUGGCCAGCUUCCCCGCUCUGUGGACGUCAUUCUGGAUGAUGACUUGGUAGAUAAAGUGAAGCCGGGUGACCGAGUCCAGGUAGUGGGGACCUACCGUUGCCUUCCCGGAAAGAAGGGAGGCUACACCUCAGGGACCUUCAGGACUAUCCUGAUUGCCUGUAACGUGAAGCAAAUGAGCAAGGACGCGCAGCCUGCCUUCUCUGCUGAAGACGUAGCCAAGAUCAAGAAGUUCAGUAAAACCCGUUCCAAGGAUAUCUUUGACCAGCUGGCCAGGUCGUUGGCGCCUAGUAUCCAUGGGCAUAACUAUGUCAAGAAGGCGAUCCUCUGCUUGCUCUUGGGAGGGGUGGAACGUGACCUAGAGAACGGCAGCCACAUCCGCGGGGACAUCAAUAUUCUUCUAAUAGGAGACCCAUCAGUCGCCAAGUCUCAGCUUCUGCGGUAUGUGCUGUGCACUGCACCCCGGGCCAUCCCCACCACUGGCCGGGGCUCCUCAGGCGUGGGUCUCACGGCUGCCGUCACCACAGACCAGGAAACAGGGGAGCGCCGUCUGGAAGCGGGGGCCAUGGUCCUGGCUGACCGAGGCGUGGUUUGCAUUGACGAAUUUGAUAAGAUGUCUGACAUGGACCGCACCGCCAUCCACGAAGUGAUGGAGCAGGGUCGGGUCACCAUCGCCAAGGCUGGCAUCCAUGCCCGGCUGAACGCCCGCUGCAGUGUUCUAGCAGCCGCCAAUCCCGUCUACGGCAGGUAUGAUCAGUACAAGACUCCUAUGGAGAACAUUGGACUGCAGGACUCACUGCUAUCUCGAUUUGACUUACUCUUCAUCAUGCUGGACCAGAUGGAUCCUGAGCAGGAUCGGGAGAUCUCGGACCAUGUCCUUAGGAUGCACCGUUACAGGGCGCCAGGGGAGCAGGAUGGCGAUGCUAUGCCUUUGGGUAGUGCUGUGGAUAUCCUGGCCACAGAGGAUCCCAACUUUAACCAGGAAGACCAGCAGGACACCCAGAUUUAUGAGAAGCACGAUAACCUCCUGCACGGACCGAAGAAGAGAAAGGAGAAGAUGGUGAGCGCAGCUUUCAUGAGGAAGUACAUCCACGUGGCCAAAAUCAUCAAGCCAGUCCUCACCCAGGAGUCGGCCGCCUACAUCGCAGAAGAGUACUCGCGCCUGCGCAGCCAGGACAGCAUGAGCUCAGACACUGCCAGGACAUCUCCAGUUACAGCUCGGACACUGGAAACGCUGAUUCGGUUGGCCACAGCCCACGCCAAGGCCCGUAUGAGCAAGACCGUGGACCUGCAGGAUGCAGAGGAAGCUGUGGAGCUGGUCCAGUACGCGUACUUCAAGAAGGUUCUGGAGAAGGAGAAGAAACGCAAGAAACGAAAUGAGAAUGAUGAGUCAGAGACAGAAGAUGAAGAGGAGAAAAGCCAGGAGGACCCAGAACAGAAGAGGAAGAGGAGGAAGACUCGUUCCUCAGAUGCCAAGGACGGGGAUUCCUACGACCCGUAUGACUUCAGUGACACAGAGGGGGAAAUGCCUCAAGUGCACACUCCAAAGACAGCAGAGUCACAGGAGACCAAGGAGUCCCAGAAGGUGGAGCUGAGUGAGUCCAGGCUGAAGGCCUUCAAGAUGGCCCUCUUGGAGGUGUUUCGGGAAGCGCAUGCACAGUCAGUGGGCAUGAAUCGCCUCGCAGAAUCCAUCAACCGGGGCAAAGAAGAGCCCUUCUCUUCAGAGGAGAUCCAGGCUGCGCUGAGCAAGAUGCAAGACGACAACCAGGUCAUGGUCUCCGAGGGCAUCAUCUUCCUCAUCUGAGAGGCCUCGUCUCUGAACCGUGGGGUCCUGCCAAGAAGUUUCUUCAUGUUCCCUCCCGACACCCCUCCCGCUCUUUACCUUCAUUCCUGGAAUAACAGAGUUGAGUUGAAGUUGAGGGACGUGAGAUGAAGCUGAAGCAGGACUUGGUGGGAGCUUUGGAGGAUAAUGAAAGCUGCCGUGUGGUGGAGAGAAAAGGGGAGGCGCUGAGACUAUUGCAUCUUCACUGCAAGAGACCCAUUGUACUCCCCACUUCCUGUCCCCUAACAAGCCAAACCAUUGUUUGCUGUAAAUAACAUAUGCCUUCUGAGUAUUUUGGAGCAUGGCUGUUUUCUGCUCGUCCUUUCUAUGUUUUUGGCUGCUUUUUUCCUCCUGAGCACUUUGGUGUAGGAUAGGCUUUGGGUUCUAUGCUGGUGGAGAGAAGCUCUGAAGCAAGUCAGGAAGGCCAAGAAAGCUUUCUUUGCAGUAGCACCAGUUAAGGCUAAUACACACUUUUGACCUAAAUAUCUAAGACAGUGAAUAAAUCUUCCCAUUUUUCUACAGUACACAUGGCCUUAAUACUGUGUGCUUGUAUGGACAUUUCAUUUUGUUUUCCUUGAAAGCUCUGCUGUGAUUUGCUGCGCCCUUUUUUGCAUCAAGUCACCACAAGGGGGCAGCGGGCUGCUGUGCCUUCUCAGAAAAAGGGCUCCUCUUUAGGCCAUUAUUGUCUUUUCCAGUGACACCAGCAUUUAUCACUCAGUUAAAAAUUGUGCAAGCCAAAUGUUGCCGAUUUGAAAGUUAAAUGGCUACAAGCGGCCAAUGAGUGAAAGUCCAGGCAAACUCUUUGCCCAGCUUUUCUGACCCUGAGAUCAAAGCGUGGAGAGAGAAUACCUGGUAUGUCAGACACCUCAAUAUUAGGUGAGUCGUUGCCUAUAAAGUGAUCUCCCUGCAGGAUCUUUGUGAAACCGCUUACACUUGGGUGCCUAGCCCUUGGGGUUUGUUAGUCUGUUUGCACAAAAAUUUGUGGUGGGUCCAGGGUGUGACUUCACUCCUGCUGUGGCUCGAGUAGCUUCUGAAGAACUUUUCAGGUUACUUAAAUAAAAGGAAAAACAAGAAACGUGUGACUUCAUGGGUGGCCUGGGGUGCAUGGAUUGGGAGCUGCACUGUGAAGAAGAGGGUGUGCCUCUUGGAUGUAAGAUGGUGAGGUGCUUCCUUCUCCCUUUUUGCUGAGGGGAACCCCUUGUUCUGAAGCCAUGAGGCAGAAGGUGGGCGCUCAGUUUCAUCUUUGUGAUUUUUUUCACAGAUGGGAAAUCCAAGUCUACUGGAAGUGAUCUAGUGAGUACAGUUCCAAAGGUGAGGGCAGUAGGACCAGAAGGAGGAGUGGGACCUGAAGUGAGCACUGGCAGCGAGUCCUGGGAUACGCCAGGUGUAGCAGUGGGUACAAGCAGAGGACAUUAUGCUCUCGAGGCUGACAGCCUGGGGCUACAUAUGGCUCAUGUGUCAGUGGAAAAUGGGAAAGUAGAGUGUAUAUCAAAUGAGGGCACACACCGUAAGAGCUGUGGGAAUGGAGGCAGCCAUGAGUGUCAGGAGAGUGGGAGCCACUGAUGGGGUACUGGGGUGAGGAAGGAGAGAGGCUUUUAGGGGUCUCAUCAAAUGGUUAUUCCAGAAAGGCCAAGCAUUUUGUCACUGGGACGUUUGCUCUCUGUCCUUCACACCUGAUGAAACAGGCAGAGUGGGGAGUGACUAGGUGCAUCCAGCAAUUCGGUAAUAGCUCUAGUGCCAGGAUUACCUUGCUGACAUUUCAGCUCUGCAAGCUAACCAAGAGAAUAGAAGGUAGAAGACCAUGUAUUCAGCAGCCACAGUAGAUGUUAAUUGUAUUAAAAUAACUUGGGAACGCAAAUGAAUCUUUACACUGAGGUUUUAAACGUGUGUGUGUCCUUUCCCAACUUAAGUCGACAUGAAGAAGUUGGAGGCAUUUAGAGUCUGUUCCUACUCAUUGUCAAGAGGCCUCUGUUUGUACCGCAGGAAACAAGAGGCUGCUCAGGCUGGGCCGACUGUCUCCUGGCCAGUCUCCCCGAGAGCUUCGCUGUUCCAGUGGUAGCCCAGAUUCAUCAGGAAAAAUACAGGCUUUAUUAUCUAUGUGCUUUGUUCCAAAAGAGAAGUCUGUUUACACUCAGGUUUGCUGUCUGAGAUAGUUACAAUCAUGUAUGGGGCUUAGUGAAUUUGUGUCUUGAAAAACUUUAUGCUACCUAUUCUUUAAUUCUCUUGGCUAUAUGAAGUAUCAAUAUGAAAAUUAUUGUCAAAAAAGACAGUUUGGCAAGUGUUGCUGGAAUUGGGUCUCUCCUUUACCACUGACCAAAUAACUACUAGUUAUUUCAUCUGUAAAAUGGGCAUAAUUACUGCCUUGUAGGGUAGUUGUGAGACAUAACAGCAGGUGGUAAGUGCCUGCCGGCAUGGAAACACUCCAUAGUACUUUGUUAUUACUACAAAUUCAUGAGAAAAAAAAAAGAUUGAUUCUGAUGUGUUUUAAAAAUAAACAUGUUCGUUUGAUCAGAACUAAACAA